GUAUUCCAUGGCGACGAUGAUGAUUCGUCUUGGACAAUGCGCUACAACUUGACGUCGUCAAAACCCAUGUUCCUGAAGGACCACAAGUACAGGCUCUUGGAGAAUCGCAAGGAGGUGUACUCGGGCAUUAUCCGCCGGGAGAAGUCGAAGGACGAGAACACCGUGCUCGCCUCGCUGUCCUGCAACAAGAACGCCUACGGACAGCUCACGUGGAACCAGAAGGGCAUGUGGUUCCCGUUCAGCAACGUCACUCUGGGGCUGCAGGCCCACGAUCCCGACGUCCUGUUCUUCGCGGGCGACCAGGUGUACAACGGCGACCUGACGCCCCCCGACUCCCGCAGCCAGUGGCACGCCCUCAUGGACACCGCCCG